AUGGAGGAGAAUCAAGGAGAGUCUCAGAUCAGGAAGUCCUUCGCGGGAGCUAACAUUUUUUUGACGGGAGGAACUGGCUUCCUCGGAAAACUGCUAAUUGAAAAGUUGCUCAGAUGUUGCCCGGAAAUUGAUAAGAUAUAUUUAUUAGUGAGGAAGAAGAAAAAUAAAGAUCCACAAACCCGACUAACAGAACAGUUCAAUGAUGUGCUGUAUGAAACUCUUCACAAAGAUCAGCCAGACUUCAUCAAGAAAGUGGAGAUUCUAGAGGGAGAGAUGGACAGCUACAAUCUUGGUCUCACAGACCAGAAUUGGCUGACAUUAUGCGAUAAGGUUAACUUUAUACUCCACGGAGCAGCGACCGUCCGUUUCGACGAGACCCUGAGUAAAGCCGUGCGCAUCAACACACGAGGCACCAAGGAGAUGUUAACGCUUGCUCGCUGUUGCAAAUAUCUAAAAGCUUUUGUCUACAUUUCGACCGCUUAUUGUAACCUCCCCCAACAACCGAUAGAGGAAAAAUUUUACGACUUUCCACUGACCAGUGACCUUCUCAUUGACGUAGUUGAACGCUUGGAUUCAAACACUGUUGACGACAUUACACCUGGAUUAAUAGGCGUAUAUCCAAAUACAUAUUGUUUUUCAAAGGCGGCCGCAGAAAACCAUCUUCUUAAGCAUUCUCAAGGAUUACCUGUUGCUAUAUUAAGACCGUCUGUAGUGAUAUCGACCGCAAAAGGUCCUAUUCCUGUGGGUUGGAUUGAUAACAUUUAUGGACCGACUGGGAUAUCUGUUGGGGCUUCGGUGGGCAUUAUUCGAAUAAUCAAAUGUAACCCGGAUGCCGUCGUUAAUUUAGUACCAGCUGAUUUUGUUGCCAAUGCUUGUAUUGCCGUCGCUUGGAAGACCGCUCGACAACAUAUGAAAACCGCUGAGAGGAAACUUGAGGACUUCACUGAGGGACCGAAAGAUGAGGACACAAAAAAUGACCAGAUUCCCCGUGUCUAUAAUUAUGUAUCUGGAGACGAAAAUUGUAUGACAUUCCAACUUUUUAAGGAGCUUAACGAGACGGACCGACAUAUAUUUGACUUUGACAUAUCUGCUUUGGACUGGAAUGCGUAUAUGUAUGAUUAUAUAAUGGGAAUUCGCUUGUACCUUCUCAAAGAACCCAAAGAAACAAUCCCUUGGGGAAUAAAAAAACAAUAUUUACUAAUAAUAGCGAAUUAUAUAGUGAUGACAAUUUACGCUAUAACUUUGUUUUGGUUUGUUAAACUUUUGGGUGGAGAUCCUAAUCCUUUCCAAAACUUUUGGUGA